UUCAGAUUCUACGAGAUCGAAGGUGACCUUUUGAAAGAUAAUAUUGAUCGAAGCUUGAAUGCAUAUACUUGUAUACGAGAUGCUCUCGUAACGCGUCCAAUUGCGCAUCAUUUGAAUCCCGAAUUGGCCAUCACGAACAGCCUUCCAAUGAUCACGAAUUGCCAUGGCUCUUCUCAAACUCGUGGGGUCCCUCUCAUGCACACUAACGAGAUGACGUGACGGCGACGGAAUAUAGCAUAAUUUCGUUGACCUGAACCUGUCCCAAUGCCUUUUAGCACCCUCUUGGACGGUGUUGUCUUUACUUUUUUGCUCGCGCUUGUCCGGACCCUGAAUCUCUUUUUAAUUCCAGAGAUUCCCCCGCUCUCAAGGCUUCUUGGAUUCUUCCUCUCUCCUCUGCUUCUUCCUUCUGCUUCUUCAGCUUGUGCCCGAGUAUACUAUACACUUCUUUCCCUUACAAAGAUACCCCAGACGUUUUAUACAUAGUCAAACAUGGCCGAGGAGAUCUCCAAGAACUUCGAGACGCUGCAAUUGCACGCUGGUCACACUCCCGAUUCGGCUACCAACUCUCGCGCCGUUCCCAUCUAUGCUACUACCUCAUAUGUCUUCAAUGACUCCGCACACGGAGCGAGGCUGUUCGGCCUCAAGGAGUUCGGUAACAUCUACAGCCGUAUCAUGAACCCUACAGUAGAUGUGUUCGAGAAGCGCAUUGCUGCGCUCGAGGGCGGUGUCGCUGCUCUUGCUACAGCCUCUGGCCAGGCCGCACAGUUCGUUGCCAUCGCUACAUUGGCAGUUGCCGGAGACAACAUCAUCUCUACCUCAAAUCUGUACGGAGGCACAUACAACCAGCUCAAGGUCUUCCUCCCCAGACUCGGCAUCCAGACCAAGUUCGUGAACGGCGACAAGGCCGAGGACUUCAAGGCCGCCAUCGACGACAAGACCAAGGCCAUCUACAUCGAGAGCAUUGGAAACCCCAAGUACAACGUCCCCGACUUCGAGAAGAUCGCCGCAGUCGCACACGAGGCGGGUGUUCCCGUGAUCGUGGACAACACAUUCGGAGCAGGAGGUUACUUCGUCCGACCCAUCGACCACGGCGCCGACAUCGUCGUCCACUCCGCCACCAAGUGGAUUGGAGGCCACGGAACCACCAUCGGUGGAGUCGUCAUCGACAGUGGAAAGUUCGAUUGGGGCAAGCACGCAAAGCGCUUCCCUCAGUUCAACGACCCGUCCGAGGGUUACCACGGCCUCAAGUUCUGGGACACUUUCGGCGCCAUCACCUUCAUCAUCCGUGCUCGUGUCGAGAUUCUCCGCGAUCUCGGUGCUUCCUUGAGCCCCUUUGCCGCACAGCAGUUGAUCCUUGGUCUUGAGACUUUGAGCCUGCGUGCUGAGCGUCACGGCCAGAACGCCUUGAAGCUUGCCAAGUGGUUGGAGAGCAACGAAAACGUCAGCUGGGUGUCGUACCCAGGUCUUGCCAGUCAUCCCUCCAACGCACUUGCCCAGCAGUACCUUAAGCGUGGAUUCGGUGGUGUCCUUUCUUUCGGUGUCAAGGGUGGUGUGAAUGCUGGAAGCCAGGUCGUCGACAACUUCAAGCUCAUCUCUAACCUUGCCAACGUCGGUGACUCCAAGACUCUUGCCAUCCACCCCUGGUCGACCACUCACGAGCAAUUGUCCGAUGAGGAGAAGCUCACCUCUGGUGUGACUGAGGACCUCAUCCGUAUCUCCGUCGGAACCGAGCACAUCGACGACAUCAUCGCCGACUUCGAGCAGUCGUUCAAGGCAUCUGCAACCAAGCCUGAGGAGAAGGGCGACGCCUCCAACGCCGAGAAGACUGGCGAGACCGCUGGAUCUCUUGCUGGCUCUGUAUAAAUGAAUGGUUGGGUGGAAUAUUAUGAGGGGGGAGAAAAAAGGAGUACAAGUGCUAUGGACAUGAUUAUACCUAUACCUACAUGUGAUAUGAUGAAGCAUUUACAAAC